CCCAUUUCCCUCAGGUCCGCGGCGGCGCGCGUUUUCGUCCCUUGAAAACUCUCACACUCUCUGCAACACCAAAAUUUGAAGCCUGUAGUGAGAGAAACAACAGAGUUGAAGGGCACCCAUUUGUUUGAGUUGUAAGCCUUUCAGAAAUGAAGGGUACCCUAAUUUGUAAUGCAAGAGGGGAUUGAGCAAUAUAUCAUGGAGGUAGUGCCUUCCAGUGAGUGUGAAGCUAAAGGAGUAGACUCCUUUGUGGCACUGGGAGAUGAGGGCUAUGAACAUUCUGUUGCAGAGGAGGUUGAAGCUCCGGUGGUAUUGGAUGAUGGCAAAGAGGGUUAUGUGGAUUUUGACUUGUCGCAGUAUAUAGGAGGUGGGGUUGUAGAGCCUACACUGGGUAUGGAGUUUACUUCUGAAGAUGAUGCUAGGAAUUUUUAUAAUGCAUAUGCUAAACAAACGGGAUUUAGUAUUCGUGUGAACUCAUACUAUCGUUCAAAAAAGGACAAUUCGAUUAUAUCUCGAGAGUUUUGUUGUUCAAAAGAAGGCUUUCGCCGGGAGAGACAUGCAAAGAAAGAUUCAGGCGAGGAUGCAAAAAGGAGGCGUGCUAGGGCACUCACUAGGGAAGGUUGCAAGGCGCUGAUGACUGUGAGGAGACGUGACUGUGGAAGAUGGUAUGUGGCAAAACUAGAGAAGAACCAUAAUCAUGAGUUAGUGACUCCUGCGAUGCGGCAUUUUCUUAGGUCACAUAAGCAAGACUUUGGUCCUGAAAAAAGUUGUAGCAACUCCUUCAGUUCUCCUGGACUGUCUUUGGAUGCUCCCGUGGAUGUCUUGACUGAUUGUAGCAGUUUUGGCAAAAUGGAAUUUGCUGUACAGAGUAAUGUCAAUUAUAUUGGAAGAGGCCGGUUGAGCACUUUUGGCAUUGAUGCCCAAAGUUUGCUUGGGUUUUUUAAGAUUAUGCAAGCCAAUGAUCCUGCAUUUUAUUAUGCAAUACAGGUUGAUGAAGAAGAGAGGCUGAGUAGUGUCUUUUGGGUUGACACAAGAUCAAGAAUCGCUUACAACUGUUUCUCUGAUGUUGUAGCCUUUGAUACUACUUAUCAAGUGAAUCAGUAUAAAAUGCCAUUUGCAACUUUUACUGGAGUAAAUCAUCACAAACAUUCAGUUCUCUUUGGCUGUGCAUUGCUUGCAGAUGAGACCGAAUCCACCUUCAGUUGGCUCUUCACAACUUGGCUUGAGGCAAUGUCUGGACGACAACCAGGUUUAAUCAUAACUGAUUAUGAUCCUGCCAUAAGUAGAGCAGUGCAACAAGUUUUUCCUCAAUCAAGCCAUCGAUAUUGCAAGUGGCAUAUCAUAAGCAAGAUGCCGAAGGAAUUGGGACAUGUAUAUAGUGUAACCCCAAGGACUUUUCAAGUUGAAUUUGAUAGAUGCAUUAACAAGAGUGAGACGCCUGAUGCAUUUGAAUCAACUUGGCAGAUGCUUCUUGAUAAGUACAAUCUUAGAGGGAAUAAUUGGCUUCAAUCACUUUGUAUUGAUCGCAAAUUGUGGGUCCCAGUAUACAUGAGAGAUACAUUCUUUGCAGGGAUGUAUGCUGCCCAGCGGAGUGGAAGUGUGAACUCACUUUUUGAUGGCUAUGUGAAUUCGGGAACUACCUUACAAGAUUUUGCGGAGCAAUAUGAGAAGGCUUUAGAUGAAAGAUAUGAGAAAGAAGCAAAGGCAGAGUUUGAAACUUUUUAUACUAAACCAGUUCUAAAAACACCACUUCCUGUGGAAAAGCAAGGAGCAGAUAUCUACACAAGAAAUAUGUUCACCAUAUUUCAGGAUGAGGUUUUUGAAUCUCUUUUGUUUGCUGUGAAAUUAAGUACAGAGGAUGGAGGAACCAGCACUUAUGAGGUAUCCAGGUUUGAUGAAGAACAUAAAACGUAUUUCGUGGCUUUUAAUAUAGCAGAACAACUAGCUAGUUGUAGUUGCAAGAUGUUUGAAUUUGAAGGGAUCCUUUGCAGACACGUGCUUGCAGUGUUUAAAGCAACUAAUGUCUUUACACUCCCACAGUGUUAUAUCUUAAAAAGAUGGACAAGAAAUGCCAAGGAAGAGGUUAUGUUGGAUUUACUUCCCUGUGUCGAAUUACAGGCCAAUUCUCAGAAAGGCAGGAACUUGCAAUACAACAUUCUCUACCAGGAAGCCAUUAAAUGUGCAGAGGAAGGGAUGGCAUCUGACCAAAUUUUUAAGGUGGCAUUGAACGCCCUAAGAGAAGCUAGAGUUAAAAUUGUUGGUGCAAAAAGAAAUGCCAUGAAAUCAAUGCCCCAAAACUAGAAACUAGGGCAGGGACAAGCUAUCGAGGUGAUGAUGCCACAAUUGCUAGUCAGGUACUGAGUUCCCCUCGACCACCAGAAACGUAAAACAAGGAGACUCUUCUACAGAAAACAACUUCACCAAAUACAUGCCAGAACAGUCAUCAAGCUGAGUUACUUAUGCUCUACUGCAAGUGCCCUGGACAUGAUAGUAAUUGUUUGUGUUUGAAGGAUUCAGGUGAAUAUGCAAUGGCAAGUUACUUUUGUUGAGAUAGUCAUUCCUCUGUGUCAAACUUCAGUACCUCUCUUUUGUAGGAGAAUUAAAAUAAAAUGUUUUCCAACACAGGAAGUCCGUGGAAGAUGGGAGAUGAGGGUUUUUUUUUUUUUUUUCGUUCUUUCUUUCGGUGUUUGUUGAUUACAAUUCAUGUUAAAAGAAAAUAUAAGCAAUAAGUUUGGAGCAGCAGCCGAAGAACUUGGCUUUCUGUUGUCCAUUUUA